UUUUAAUUUUGUGUCUGUAUCUUGUAUGUUUUCCUUUGGAUUAUUCCCUUUCCCAUAAUUUUCCAUUCGGGUUCAGUGGGAGAGUGUCGCGAAAAAUAGUCCUCUAAACUGUUAAAUUGAAUAGAAAUAUCAUGUUGGUUAUCAAACGCAUAAAACUGGUACUUUCUUGAAAUCCUGACAACUAUUUUCACUCUAUCAACUUUUGACUAUUUUUCUCCAAAAUCCUGGUAAAACAUGUCCAGUUUGGUAAUGCGAGGGACCACCCUACAUAAACUAUUAAAACCCAUAACAAGAACUCAUGCCAACUGUGUAUAUCCCAUAAUAUUUCAUCGUACAUACUAUACAGUUAAACGCAAAAUCAUAAACGAUGAGAAUUUUUUGUCCAAACAUUUGCAGAACAAAAUCAAAGCUAAAGGACCCAUUACUGUUGCUGACUAUAUGAAAGAUGUGCUACAAAAUCCUGCCAAAGGAUACUAUAUGAACAAAGAUAUGCUUGGAGAGACUGGGGAUUUCAUAACUUCUCCUGAAAUAUCACAGAUAUUUGGUGAAAUGUUGGCAGUAUGGUUUCUGAAUGAAUGCCAAAAAAUGGGCUCACCUAAACCAUUGCACAUUAUUGAACUAGGGCCUGGUAGAGGUACAUUGAGUGCUGAUAUACUUAAAGUUUUUAGUCAUUUCAAGGCACUGCACAAUACAAGUCUUCAUCUAGUAGAAAUUAGUCCUGUUUUGAGCGAAAUACAAAGUAGAACUUUAUGUAUGUCCAGUAACUUGACUCAUAAUCCAAAAUGUUUUCAUUAUAGAGAAGGAAUUUCAAAACAAGGCAUUCCGGUCUACUGGUAUAGACAGUUUAAAGAUGUACCGGAGGCAUUUUCUCUUGUACUCGCCCAUGAAUUUUUCGAUGCAUUGCCCAUUCAUAAGUUUCAUCAAACUUAUGCUGGUUACAAAGAGGUCCUGAUUGAUUUGGAUAAUGGGGAAACUGAUGAAGAUAUUAAAUUCAGGUAUGUUCUUGCUAGGCAAGACACCCCCAUGCUCAAAGUACUUCUCAAACCCGGAGAGGCUAGAGAACAUGUUGAAAUAUCUCCAGAUAGCAUUUUAAUCUAUGCAGACAUUUGUAAAAGGAUCGUUAAAAACGGUGGAGUGUCGCUUAUUUGUGAUUAUGGGCAUAAUGGAACGGGGACUGAUACAUUUAGGGCAUUCAAACAACAUAAACAAGUUGACCCAUUGCUAAAUCCAGGUUCUGCUGAUUUAACUGCAGAUGUAGAUUUUAAUGUUAUUAGAGAGAUUGCAAUCGAAAACGGUGAAAUCAUAUUUCUGGGUCCUGUCAAGCAAAGAAGCUUCUUACACAGAAUUGGCAUUGAGCAUCGGGUAAAAGCUUUGACUGAGAAAAUGUCUGAUAAGAAGCAAAUGGAAAAUUUGAUGGAAAGCUACAACUUUUUGACUGACAACGCAAAAAUGGGGGAGAGAUUUAAAUUUUGCGCUCUGUUGCCUGGAACAAUGAAAAAAAUUCUUGAUCGAUAUCCUGUUGUAGGGUUUUAGUAAUGUUUGUCCCUUGUGAAAUUGUUAUCUGUGAUAUUGUAAAUAAACGUGUUUAUCGUAACUUUCUGUGCUGCACACUAAUAGAUAGGAAAUAUAUUUAUUUUUUAUUCUUGCAUCCUACCAUUGAAUAUUGAAAUGUCCCAAUAGUACUUUUGUAUUUAUUGGUCUGUUUUAGAUUAUUUUUUCCCGAUCUUAAAAGAUACGAACAAACUGGUUCCAAUAGAAAGUUGAACUUGAAGUUCAAGCUAUGAGUAACCCUUAAGCACUAUUAUCAGUAGACCAGAUUGACAUUGUCGAUUCAAUUGGAAAUAUUUAUUCCUUAACCUAAUGCCAUUUUUAUUAAUCCUAUCAAAUGUUCCAUUGGAGCAAUAUAAUUUUAUAAUUAAAAGUUUUCUACAAUACUAAGUACCAGUACCAAAAGGAAGCAGGUCUUUGAAGCAUAAGAUCCCUGCUCUAUCAACAUAGUCUGUAUCAAAAAUAUAUGUUUUAAAGGAUUGUGUACUGUCCAAUUAUUUCAAGAGGGCCAGCCAUUUAUUCAAAACACCACAAUAUGGAACUUUAUACAAGCAGGACAUAGAUACUCAAAAGUGAAAAAUCUACCAUUGAUAUAAAUGCAUGUAAUCUUAACAUUGAAUAUUAUGUAGUAACAAUUUUUUUCCGACCUGCAGUCUUUUAUACAAAUUUUCAAUAAAAAUAAAACAAAAACAAACUGGAAAAAAUAAUAAAUAUAAAUAUAAAUUUAUAUUUUAUCUACCUAUAGGGACACCCGUUGGCCCAGUGUCCAGAUUCCCCGCAGACAUAGCAC